AUAUUUGUCAAUGUAAUGAACUUUGCAGAAGCUGGAAGAUGUCAUUCCUAUAGCACGGAGGAGCAGGUUACAUUCUUGCCCUAGUCUGGGGUGGGUUGCCCAAAGCUGGUGCAAACUCUGAUGAGGAACAGGUUAAAUUGUUUCUGAUUUCUUUCUCUAUUUCUCUCCUCCUUCUCUUCUAUUACAAGGAGGGGAAAGGGAGGGGACAGAAGAGUAGCUAAAGAUCAAAAAUAAACCUCUCAGGGGGUGGGGAAUAGCGUGUGUAUAUAUAUAUGAGGAGCUACCACAGGCAACCCUGAUGCUUCCACUCUGUGAGAAGUAAAAGGAAGGAAUCAGGAGAGGGGUGGGAGUUGGACUGGUGAUUAGCAGAUAGAAUCUCCCAUACGGGCUGGAGAGUGUGCUUUCUCUAUGGGACUGACCCUCUGCAGUGACUCGCACGCUAUUAGAGGGGACUUAUCAGUUUUUGCUCCACUGCUUGCCUCUGGUUGCUGCGUCUUUAGAUUGCUGUUUUGGUGCGAGGGUGCCUUGUGUUUGUUGGAAUGCUCCAUAUUGCUGCCAGUAUUCGAAUGUUAAUAUCUAGAUUUGUAUUUUAUUUACUCUGCCUUACAUAAUUUAUUGCAUUGCCGUUUGUGUAUCUGGUGAAUCGGGAGGUUCUUCCACUCAGAUUUAUGUAAGACAUUUUGGGUUAAUUUGUCUUUCAGGGGUGAUGCACUUUUAUUUUCUUGCCUGUUAAUCAUAUACCACUCAUUGGUUAAUGCACAUACUUUCUGCAAAACAGUCCCCAUUAUAAACUUGUUUAAUUUCAAAAACCACUUGGUUUAGUUUGCGAAAGGUAUAUUGCUAGAGGUUUUGCUCAGACAGUUAUUAAUUGAACAAUUAGAGUAAUCAGUGUUUUCAUUUCCUUCCUUUUUAUAUGUGAAUGCUGAGAUUCUUUGCAAUGGGUUUCCUUUACCAUCUAUAUUUUGCCCUUUUGCUUCUGGUUUGUUCCACUGCUGCUCGUGUGAUUCCAGAAGUAGAAGUAACAGUGCCAGAACUUCUUGCAGGAUCCAAUGGGAAAAUGACCUUGCGAUUUACUGCACUAGGCAGAGAUAUAGCGCUCCAUUUAGUUCCUGAUGAUGCUUUUCUUGGACCAAGGAUGCAGAUCAAACAUGUAGGUAGAGAUGGUGGGACUCAGACAAGCAUGGAUGGGUUGAGGACCUGUUUUUAUUCUAGUAUGGAACCACUGGCAGCUGUCAGUCUGUGCAAAGGUGUUCAGGGUGCCUUUAUGCAUGGAAGUGAUAGUUAUGUUAUCCAGCCCAGAAAAGGAUUUAGAGGUCAGGAGAAACUUGGUCAACACUUGGUAUUCAAAGCACAGAAUAGGAACACAAGUUGGCAUGUUAAAUCUCCAGAACCUACAGAGGACAUAAACAACCAGGACUGGGCAAAAUAUGACCUAAAUACUAAAGACACUAAAAGAAACAACCCAACAUUUGCCCAAAAAGGAAGUGAAAUUGGGAGCGCUCAGAACUUGGAAGAAAACUCUGACAUAUGGGCCAUCCAUGACAUAUCAAACAGCGAUGUAAAGGGAGAGGCAGUUCAUCCAUUUCGACAUCGAAGGUUUGUGUCCGAGGAUCGAUUUGUAGAGAUUUUGCUGGUGGCAGACAAUACAAUGGUUCAGUUUUAUGGAGAUGAUUUAGAGCUCCAUCUUCUGACACUGAUGUCAGUGGCAGCUCGAAUCUACAAGCACCCAAGUUUGAGGAACUCUGUGACUCUAGUAGUGGUGAUGGUCAUACUUGUGGAAGAUGGUGGGUCUGGACCAGAUGUCUCAGAUAAUGGAGGACUAACUCUUCGUAAUUUUUGUAAAUGGCAACAGAAUUUCAAUCCAUCAAGUGAUCGCAAUCCUGAACACUAUGACACUGCCAUUCUCCUUACCCGUCAGGAUAUUUGUGGACAUGAGAGCUGUGACACACUAGGAGUGGCUGACAUUGGAACAGUGUGUGAUACGAGCAAGAGUUGCUCUGUGAUUGAAGAUAAUGGACUGCAGGCUGCUUAUACCCUUGCCCAUGAACUUGGUCAUGUCCUUAGCAUACCCCACGACAACUCCAAAAACUGUGAGAAGUAUUUUGGAGAGCUUGGAAGGCACUACUUGAUGGCUCCACGAUUGCAGCUUAACAAAACUGUACCAUGGUCAGAAUGCAGUGCUAUGCACCUAACUGAAUUCUUUGACAGUGGACAUGGAGAUUGUCUGUUGGAUGCACCAUCCAAAUCAAUGGAGCUUCCCGAUGGACUUCCUGGAACAUCAGCCCAAUAUGACUUGGACAGCCAGUGUCGUCAAGUAUUUGGAAAAGAAUUUUCUCACUGUCCCAAAACACUGCAGAAAGAUAUUUGUUCUCAGCUCUGGUGUCGAAUCCAGGAGAAAAACGAGUGUUUUACUAAAAAUGAAAGCUUGCUUUGGGCAGAUGGAACUCCGUGUGGUGUUAAGCACAUGUGUUGGGAUGGGGUUUGUCUAACAGAAGACAUUGUUGUGAGACCAAAGGUACCAGUGGAUGGCAAUUGGGGUAGCUGGGGUCCCUGGGGAGAAUGCUCAAGGACCUGUGGAGGAGGUGUACGUUUUUCCUACAGGGAUUGCAAUGAUCCAGUGCCACAAAAUGGAGGAAAGUACUGCAAGGGCCAAAGAGCCAUGUAUGAAUCAUGUAACAUACAAGAGUGUCCUGUCAAUGAGCUGAGCUUCAGAGAAGAGCAGUGUAUGAAAUAUAAUAGCUAUAACUUUACAGAUGAAGAAGGAAAUCUUCUGCAAUGGAUUCCUAAGUACUCAGGUGUAUCAUAUCGGGAUCGUUGUAAACUAGUUUGCCAGGCACGUGACCGAAAUGAAUUCAAAGUAUUCCAGUCUAAGGUUGUGGACGGAACACUCUGUGAGCCAGAGAGUUUGAAAGUGUGUGUGCAGGGCCAGUGCAUCAGUGCAGGAUGUGACCACAUCUUAGGUUCCUCCAAAAAACCGGACAAAUGUGGAGUAUGCGGAGGAGAUGGAUCAAGCUGCAGAAAAAUAACUGAUUCAUUUAAUAAGUCAAAAUAUGGAUACACUGACAUUGUCAGCAUACCAGCCGGGGCCACUAAUAUUGACAUCAAGGAGCGUAGUCAGCGUGGUGGUAUCUACGAUGGCAACUAUCUAGCAAUCAAGAAAUCAGAUGGUAGUUAUCUGCUAAAUGGGGAUUUUGCUGUCACAUAUAUGGAACAAGACCUGCAUUUAAGAGGAAUUGUCUUGAAAUAUAGUGGAUCUCUGACCACGCUAGAAAGAAUUAGGAGCUUCUAUCCUCUGCCUGAAUCACUGACAAUUCAAUUACUAUCAGUCCUUCCAGACACUCUCCCCCCCAAAGUGAAAUACUCAUUUUUUAUCCCCAAAAAUCUUUCAUAUGCAAAGACAAAAGCUAAAUUAUCUCAUCAUUCACUCCGGCCAUUGUUAACAUCUCAGUGGACUUUAGGGGACUGGUCUCCGUGCUCCAAGAGUUGUGGUUUUGGCUGGCAACGACGGACAGUAGAAUGUCAAGAUGUGGAGGGUGGAUCAUCAGACCAGUGUCCACAGGAACUAAGGCCAAUAGAUAUUCAACCAUGUGGGGACUUGCCCUGCCCAAUUUGGAGAGUAGGUGGUUGGUCACCUUGUUCUCAAAGCUGUGGGGAAGGUCUGAGAUCACAAAGGAUCUUUUGUAUGGACUAUACAGGCAGAGAAACAGAGGAAGAGAAGUGUGACCCAGGAAAACGUCCUACAAAGUCAGUGAGCUCCUGUAUUUUGGAGGAGUGCUAAGACUGUCAAUAUAAGGAUAUGUAUGGAAGACAUCAUAAGGGCAGCUACUAACACAAGUCCUACUACUACUGAUUGGGGAUGAAAUCAGAUUGACAAAGCACAAGCACAGACAUGUGAUUACAGUUAAUUUCUUUUAGGACCAAUGACUAUACAGCAAAACAUACCUACACUGAGCAAAAUAAAAGGAAAAUUAUUUUAUUAUAGUUAUAUAAAAACUUUACAUCCUCAAAUUCGGUUUAAGGAUAUAUCAGAGAACUUUCUUGAGAAAGCAUCUUGCGUUGCUGAUAUACUUUAUUACUGCAUCACAUUACUGCACUGGUCUCUUUCAAUCUAGAAUGAUGCACAAAAGCAUUGCAUGCCUUUAGAGCAUUACCUGCUAUUGUUCUACAGCAGCAACUGAAGAGGCUGUGCACUAUAUCCCAACAGCAAGAUGAGCCCUGAUUUAACAACUAACAGCAAACUGAAACAUGUGGUGUUUCAGAUAUAAGCUAGGAAUCUACCUCAAUAGGGAAAUACCUAACCUUCUGCAUUAUAAUGUUUGUAAUGACUUUGCAGUUGAGAGGUCCUUUGCCGCAAAAUUGGUGUAUGUUGUGUUGUCUAUAAAUAUUUUUGUAUCCAUUUGA